AUGCAGCAAUUCUUCCUUACGCUCCUAGCCUCCACGCUGGCUGCGCCAACUUCCGUCGCAGCCGUCACGAACUGGGACCAGGCAUAUACGCAAGCAAAAACCGCCCUCGAUAAGCUCAGCCGAUCCGAAAAAGUUGGAAUCGUGACCGGUGUGACCUGGGAAGGCGGUCCCUGUGUCGGCAACACCUACGCCCCCAACUCAAUUGACUACCCCUCGCUCUGUCUCCAAGAUGGACCCCUUGGUAUUCGGUUCGCGAACCCGGUUACCGCUUUCCCCGCGGGCAUCAAUGCAGGAGCGACGUGGGAUCGCAGCCUGAUGCACGCCCGUGGGGUUGCAAUGGGCGCGGAGGCCAAGGGCUUGGGUGUUCACGUGCAGCUGGGCCCGGCGACGGGUCCGCUAGGGAAGAACCCCGACGGCGGCAGAAACUGGGAGGGUUUCUCCGUCGACCCUUACCUCACCGGUGUGGGGAUGGAGGAAACCAUUCUCGGCAUGCAGGAAUCUGGGGUCCAGGCCUGUGCCAAGCAUUGGCUUGGUAAUGAGCAGGAACAUUACCGUGAGACAAUUAGCUCGAACAUGCCUGACCGUGCCACACAUGAGCUGUAUGCUUGGCCGUUCAUGGAUGCCAUCAAGGCUAACGUUGCCUCCGUGAUGUGCUCCUACAACAAGGUGAAUGGAAGUUGGGGGUGUGAGAGCGAUGCGAUUUUGAACAAGCUGUUGAAAGAAGAGUUGGGCUUUCCCGGACAUGUCCUGUCUGAUUGGAACGCGCAACAUACUACCAUCAACAGCGCUGUUUCGGGACUCGAUAUGACCAUGCCGGGAAGUGACUUCAACUCUCCGCGGGGCAACAUUUUCUGGGGUAAGAACCUUGAGGCUGCAGUUGCCAACGGUAGCGUGCCUGAGUCCCGUCUCAAUGAUAUGGUCACUCGCAUCCUGGCUGGGUGGUACCUUGUCGGACAGGAUCAGGGUUACCCGGAUGUAGCAUUCAGCUCGUGGGACGGUGGUAAGGCCAACGUUGACGUGACGGAGGACCAUGGCUCGAUCGCACGUACUGUCGCUCGAGAUUCAAUUGUUUUGCUCAAGAAUGACGAUGAGGUGCUCCCCUUGAAAGCGCCCAGCAGCUUGGCUAUCAUCGGCCAAGAUGCGAUUGUAAACCCCGACGGAGCCAAUGCCUGCAGCGACCGUGGUUGCAACAAGGGCACGUUGGCCAUGGGUUGGGGAAGUGGAACUUCUGAAUUUCCUUAUCUUAUCGCCCCUCUCGAUGCUAUUAAGGAGCAAGCCGCUCAAGAUGGGACGACGAUCAUUCGUAGUACUACGGACGACACCGCUGCUGCUGCCUCUGCUGCAGCUCAAGCCGACACGGCAAUUGUGUUCAUCACUUCCGAUGCGGGUGAGGGAUACAUCACCGUCGAAGGCCACGCCGGAGAUCGUAACCAUCUCAACCCAUGGCACAACGGCAACGAGCUUGUCAAAGCGGCAGCCGAUGCUAGUGAAAAUGUGAUCGUUGUCGUCCACAGCGUCGGGCCAAUCCUCUUGGAGACAAUCCUGGAGCAACCUUCAGUCAAGGCUAUUGUCUGGGCCGGUCUACCUGGCCAGGAGAGUGGAAAUGCCUUCGUCGACGUUCUCUAUGGUGACACUUCCCCAAGCGGCAAAUUGCCCUACACCAUUGCCAAGGCGUUCGACGACUAUGGUGCUCGCUGGAUCGAUGGCCUAAAUGAUGAAUUCACUGAGGACAUCUUUGUUGACUACCGCCAUUUCGAUCAGAACGACAUCGAGCCACGCUAUGAAUUCGGUUUUGGUCUAUCUUACACAACAUUUGAAUAUGACAACUUGGCCGUGAGCGUCUUCGCCACGUCAGGCCCCGCUACAGGGGAGAUCAUCCCCGGAGGUCCAGCCGACCUGUUUGAGUCCGUCGGCACGGUCUCCGUCAUUGUGACCAAUGACGGCGAAACUGACGGCGCGGAAGUUGCUCAAUUAUAUCUGGGUCUGCCAGACUCAGCACCCACCACUCCCCCGAAGCAACUCAGAGGAUUUGACAAGCUCGAACUCAGCCCGGGGCAAUCGGCUCAAGCUAGCUUUGAGCUAACUAGACGCGACCUGAGCUACUGGGAUGUGGCUCUGCAGAAGUGGGUGGUUCCCAGUGGAGAGUUCACGGUGUAUGUGGGCAGCUCUAGUCGGGAUAUCCGUGAGGAAGAUACGUUUACUAUCGAGUAG